UAGAGGCUAUGAAUGGAGAGUUUUUUGGGACCAAAGCCUGCAAGAGCAUGUUGCUUGAACCAAGAAACGCUUAUGGAUUAGAGUUGAAUAACUUGGCUGUAAAGAUUGAUGGAAUAGAUUACACAAAGCUCUACACUUGCUCAAAAACUCCAUGCUUGAACUACGAGUCUUUGGGGUUUGUUAGCUUUUUCAAGAACUCAAUCUGUGCUUGUGGAAAAACUAUGGACAACAUACUGCCAAUGAAGUAUGCAGAUGGAGAUGUGUUUGGGAAUUUCAUUAGUGGAACAAAAAGGUUUAUUAUAAGUGAUGAUUUGCAAGUACUACCAGCAUCAAUAUCUAAUGCUCGUUUCUUGCUUCUAAGACAAGGCCUCGGAGAUCAUACCAGUGUCUAUGAGUGGAAUAUUAAUGUUGGUCUCCAAGAGGUUUUGCGGCUACUUCAUCACUCACUACUCUCCAAGACACCCUUAACAGCUGCUUUUCUGCCAAAGGCUGAUCAGAAUAUGAAUAUCGUUUUCUCACCGGAUUCAUUUCACACGCCUUGGCCUUACCAAUGUCCGGUGAUUAACAGCCAUUCCAGCUCUCAACACAAGUUGAAUGUGAAACUAUGGAUUAGCAAGUCAACAAAGAGAGUGAUAUGCAUUGAAGCAAAAGAAGAUUUCGUUGAUUUUCUGUUCUCCUUCCUCACCAUUCCCUUAGGUUCAGUCAUCAAGCUAUUUAAAGGGAAUUCCUUACUGGGAAACAUAGAUAACUUGUACAAGAGUGUACAAGAAAGUAGUGCUAUAUCCACAAGAUGUAAGGAGAUGCUUCUUAGUCCUAAGGUUGAACGCAUGUUUGGUUGUGAAAACCAAUUGCUUGAAGUGAAUGAAGAGGUGACUCCAACAGAGUUUGCUUACACCAAGUCCUACGCUUGUAGUUUACAAAACAACUCUACAUGCUGUCUCAUUCAAUAUCAGAGGCUGAGACUAAUGAAUCCCAAAUGUCCAGGCAUGACCAAAACGGGUGGUGGUUUCGUAAGAUCACAACGGUGCUUUUUGGUCACGGAUAGUCUUGAAGUAGAACUCCUUUCUCCAGCAUCUGGCAUGAGCAGACUUGAGAUUCCCUUUACAGACUUGGAGUUCCUGCCCAUAGCAGUAGGAAGAAAAGAGGCUUUAGCUAUUUUCAAAGCAGCUAUGACCACCCGAAGUGUUCUCACUCAAGCUUUUAGCUCAAUGGUGAACAACAUCAAUAAUCUGUAUUCAAAUAAAUAUUCAAGGGUGUGAUUUUGUCCAGUGCUAACACUCGGUUUGGGAUAGACUUGGUUGGAGCGUCUAUGAAUAGAGUUUAUUUGCUUGCUCGGCGUUGACAAUACUAUGUCUAUUUGAGUUUAUAUGGCUAUUUUUUCUAAAACAAAUGUAGUAUUAUAAUCCUUAUUAAUUAAUCUAACCAUCCCACUUAACUACCAACUGUCAUUAUGGUAGUUAAUUAUGUUACAACUUAUUCCACCCAUGUGUUAUUGAGAUUGAGUGGUGAG